AUGCUCACUUCAACCAACUGCGUAAAGUGUGUGGCCUUCAAGGCCGGUCCAAUCCGAGUCGUGCGGCAUGGACACCAGCUACGGGUAGUACACAACCUAGCGACCAAGCGCUCUGGUACAUUUUCACUUGAAACCUCUUCAUCGUCGACCAGUGAUUCCCAUGCGCUUGGCUUCGUUGAGACAGCAGCCGCGGCGCUAAUUGCAAGCGGCGUAAUUGCUGGAAGCUGCCUUGCUGCUGAUGCACCAGACGGCGCAGAGCAAGUGGUCCAAGCAGCAAAACGUGCAUCCGAUGUCUUGCGACCGCUCUUCAACAUCUUCACAAUUCUUUACAUAAUCCGCGUGCCCAUGACGUGGUACCCUGAUAUCGAUGGCAAGAAGCUUCCCUGGCUCGUAGCUUACGUCCCCACGGAGCCCAUCCUGAGCGUCACCCGAAAAGUCGUCCCCUUGGUCAGCGGUGUGGACGUCAGCCCCAUCGUAUGGGUCGGCCUUAUCAGCUUCCUCAACGAAAUUCUGUUGGGACCCCAGGGCAUCCUCACGCUCAUCCAGGCGCGCGGGGGCCUUUAG